AUGAGUACACAGACUCCUGGACCCUCUGCUCCAGUGGCAACUGCACUUUCUCCUGUUCUGUGGCAGAUAAUCUACCAGAUGGAUUCGAUAUCUACAGUGCUGAUGUUGAUGAAAGCAGACAAAAAGUUCUUUAUUAAAAUUAACAUCACUUUUGCGAUCAUAUAUUUAAGAGAUAAAACUAGCUCUAUUAAACUCAAAACAGCUUUCCUCAAACAGGCAUUUCGAUCAUUACGGUCAGACAGUGCCUUGAUUCAAUUCAACCGUCGGCUAAAGAGGUGUGAUUAUGACUUGGUUGCAAGGAGGAAAAUAGUAGAGGCUCGUGCUAGCUCUGACCUCCAGAAGGGCUUUGAGCUGCUGGAUUUAGAUAAUGGGAUAGGAUGGGAACAUCUGACAUCAACGGUUCGCUAUAAAGCGAGACAAAGGAUCAGUGCAAAAGCAGCUUUGGCUUACCCUUACUUCGAUAGGGAUGGGCUGUUAGCUCUGUCCUUCAUACGGAAUAUGAAGCUGCAGUUCUUUAGGGCUGCACAGCAAGAUUAUUGGGAAGCUGCCAAUUGGGUAAUCACUUUAAUGGCAAAAUCUGGAACAGAGAGAGGGUGGCUUCACAGAAGCACAACUUCAGGAGCUCAGAGUCUGUAUCAAACUAUAGUUAGAUUGCAUUCUUGCAAGCAUCAUGAUACCCUUCAACUGAGGUUUUUCCUCGUUGUGCAGGAUAUAGAGCGUAAGAAGGAAGCAAGUCCACAACCAAAUGCUCUUGCUUCCGCUCUUCUACUUCGGAGGAAGAUUGUCAGAACAUUGAAUGAGAGCAUGGAUGAACUUAGCAGACACAGUGAAAGUAUAUGGUGA